AUGUCGUCGACAUUCAGCGUGGCUAAAGCGUCGGUAGAACGCGUCGAAGAGCUGAAGGAGUCUUUGUCGGAGAUUCGGGCGCGAGUACAGCAAGCCUCCGGACCAUCCGCGAGUCGACAGCCCACACUCGUCGCGGUUUCGAAGUACAAACCCGCGUCGGACAUCCAAGCCUGCUACGACGAUGGUCAGCGUGACUUCGGAGAAAAUUACGUGCAGGAACUGGUCGAUAAAGCGCACCAGCUGCCGCUGGAUGUCAAAUGGCACUUCAUAGGAACACUGCAGUCUAACAAAGCCAAAUUACUAGCAUCCAUCCCGAGCCUGUAUGCUAUCCAAACCGUGACGUCAACCAAGGCCGCCACGGCGUUAAAUAAGGCCAUCCCCACGGAGCGAGUUUCCCCUCUUCACGUUCUGCUCCAAGUCAACACCUCUGGCGAGGACAUUAAAUCUGGCCUUUCUACUCUUUCCCCCAACUCUCCUCCCGACGCAGAGCUGAUCCAGCUUGCGCGGCACAUUAUAACUGACUGUCCGAAGCUGCACCUUCAGGGCUUGAUGACCAUCGGGUCUCUCACCGAGUCGCUCGCGUCGGCCGAGAAGCCCAACGAGGACUUCGAGCGGCUCAAGGAUACGCGCGAUCUUCUGCAGGAGGCCCUUGCAAAGGCAGAUUUACCUGCUGCAAGAAAGUGGGGGGAGAGUGGAAACCUCGUGCUGAGCAUGGGCAUGUCAAGUGAUUUUGAAGCGGCUCUCAAGACUGGGAGCGAUAUUGUUCGAGUGGGAACGGGUAUUUUCGGGACGCGGAUGAAGAAGGGCGAGAUGUGA